CGAAAGCGAAGGGAGAGGUGUCGUUGCAAAAAACUCUCGCCAAAACGAAGGCCCCGCCUCCUUCAAAGCCAGCACCCAAAACUUCCGCUUCGUCUAGUAGUAACCCGAAGGGGGCCACAGCAGCAGGAGCUCCUGCUGCUGCAAAGGGUAAAACCAAGCAGAAAACCCAGGAGCAAACUCUCGAGGAGAGUAAAAAGGCGGACCACCAGCUCCGGAAGCAAAUCGCCCAGUCGGUGAGAAACACGAUUGACUUGCACCUUGCUGACCCAAACACUUCACCGGAGGAAUUGCAAAGGUUGAAACGACUUCAGGACAAAAUCAUCCCGACGUGUGACUUGAUUGUGCGGUCGAAGGCCGAGAUCAAAAACCUUCCGCGGGACCAGGUGUUGCAAAUCCAAGAGAUGCAACGGGAAUUCAAAGCGAUGGAGGCGGAAGUAGAUAAGCGCACGGACGCCGCGCAGCGGGAAAAAGCCGCGCAAUUGAUCGAGCAAGCGGCGAGCAAGAUUCAGGGGGCGUUAACCCAGGGCGAGGAAAUGAAGAAAAAAGCAACGAUGGCCGUGAAGGCACAAAUGCUGGAGCAUUUGAAUGCUGCAUCAAAGGGAACAUCAUCAAGGGGAGCUCCUACAGGCGAAGAAGAAGUAGAUGCUCAUGCUGCUGUUAUCAAGGGCGGGAGGAUGUCGAAAAAGAAGAAAAAACAGAUGAGAGAGGAGCAAGACGCGGAGCAGCAGCGCGAUGAUAUCCGUGGUCGCGACAACAUGCUAGCCACCGAGGAGGGUAGGGCAUUCAAAAAUAGAGUCGAGCUGAACGACGGUGGUAAUCCGUUGUGUCAUGGAAGUAAAGAUGAGUUCCCCGAGGUGAUCGACUGCAGUGAUGAUGACGACGAAGCAAAGUUGGAAAAGUUCUACAACGAUCAAGCUGAAGCUGUGACGCAUGACAUGGUCGCAAUGGCAAAUGCCUCGAAAGCCAUGGACUAUGUGCUGGGCAGGUGUGGUGACCUUUUGGACCGUCACGUUGAAGACCCGCAGCUGCGCCGCGAACUGCAGCUCCGCCGCGAGCAGCAGUUCCCUGGAAACAACAAAAUUGCGAGCAUGUUCGACGAAUCGGACUAUGUUGAGGAUGCGUGGGCUGUGGACAAAAGGACAAGCAACGCCGGAAUGGUAGUAGAUCACCAGGAGACGCCAUCAGCUGAGACAACCGCGAAUUAUCUCGACGAAGAAGAAGCUCCUGGGUUGCCGUCUUCAGCCUCAAAGCCGAAGAGGAACAAGAAAAAGUCCACGACCGCCACCAAGUCGAAACCCACUUCCGCGCUAGCGAAGUUGCAGAAGGAGUUGCAACAAAAUGUGAAGAAUUCGGAGGCUUAUCAGAAGGAGAAGGAGGAACAGGAGAAAAAGCGGAGACUAGAGCUGGAAAAGGAAGCCGCAGAACAGGGGGAGAUAUCCUGUGCAACAGUUGUAUCGUGCUACUCUUUGGAUUUGCACAUGCAAUCUUGCAUGAGAGAUUGAGAUGUUUUCUGCUGAUUCUGCAUGGCAAAUUCCAUUUCCCGCCUUCGAGCAAAAAAAUUUGUGAUGCAAGUACUACUAGCGCGAUACUACUUGUUUUGCAAUGCAUAGGAGAGAAGGCGUCUCGCGGAGGAGUACAAGGUGCAACAGGAGGAAAAGAUCAAGUAUCACAAGGAAAAAUCCCCCCUCCCCAUAUCGAAAGGAAGUUUCUGAUGCUGGACGUGCGCAUACAAAUCAGGUUUGUCUUGCAGUAGAGGACAGCAGGCUCCUGCCAAGCCUGAGUAGAGAGCCUUUGGACUAGGCGCUUAGCAUGAGAAACGUCUAUGCUGUAGGCCCAACAGCAUCACGAACCACCUGCACAAUGCGGCAGAGCCUGUGGAGUUGUCUUCUUGCAAGACAGACGUGAUUUGUGGCCUCAAAUCAGCAACACAGCAUACCUUUUCGAUAUGGGGCGGGGGGAUCUUUCCUCUCAAUAUCAAGGAAGAGCUCGCUUUGAAGCAAGAAAGGGAGCAAAAAGCGAGGGAGAGACAAGCCGAGAAGGAGAAGCAGAAAAAACAAUUAGCGAAGCAACAGGCGCUGGCCAAGGCUGCGGACAAAAGAAACAGUAACGCAGGUGGGUUGAUGGCCGCGAGUUUCGCGGAUGUGGAUCAGCUAGUACCAGACCACGCUUAUUCAGACACGAGAUCUGAGUUGAGCGCUAGCUGCAGUGCGGCGGACCAACAACUUCCGAUCUCUCCAUCUGGUGGAGCAGGAAAUAAAUCAUCUUUACCGGCUUCCCCCGCCGCUGGUCCGAAAAUAUCCAAGGCUGUGGCGCAAUCGCAAUCCCCGUCGCAUAAUCUCCACUCCUCCGCGGCAAAACAUUGUCCGUCCGUACGGACGACGCCGAAAUCUGCGGGUGUCAGCGGGUCUGCAUUGGUUGUAACUCCUGCUGGGCCCCCGCUGCAACAGCAGCUGCAGCAACACAGCGGUUGUAGUUCAUCGUCCCAAAAUCCCAACACCCCGUUCCCGAGUGGAGGUACCAGUCGGAAUAAAAACACGUCAGGCGAGAGCACGACCGCGUCGAGCAUGUCAGCUGGUGGGUCUAGCACCACGACUGCGGCCUGCAGCUCCGCUGUGGGGAGUGGUGCCAGCCCGACGUACAGUGCGUGGUCGAUCGGAAAUUCGCCGAAGGUCCAGGCAGAGUUGCAGCAGCAGGCUGGUGCCACUACUGGGGGCUCCUCCGGUACAAAUCGUAUGACAGGUAGCGCACCUCCUCGCGGGCCUCCGCCCCCUCCACCGAAACCUGCAAGUGGCGUCGCGGCCGGGGACGCAGCUGGGAAGAUGAAACAUCCGAAAGAGAAAGCUUUCGGUAGCUGCUCCGGCUCCGCUGGUGGUGAACAACAAGAACCAAAGGGCCCUGCUCUUUCUCAUCAAGUUAGUACAACUCAAUCAGGAGGCUCUAGUACAACUUCCUGUAGUGUAUUCCAACCGCCACCUGGGUCGUUGGAGUCGCUAGAGUGUGUGGACCUUCACAGUCGUGGCAGUGACAACAAGAAAAAGGAACAUGACGUCGUCGCACAGAAAGGGCGCAAAGCAUCUAAACAGAAGUCGCAAGGAGCCCACCCGCAGCAGAUACCUGCGCAAGACUACAAGGGCGCAGAGGCGACGUUUUUGCGGAGGAUGGGCGUUGGAGGUACUUCUAAGGGCGCAGCAGGUACUACUUCUAGUUCUACGGCAGGCUCUUCAACAGGAGCAUCGGGACCACCACAACCACUUGCAGGCCCACCUCCUGGGAUCUUCACGGGCGGUGCUGCUGCUGGUGAUGUAAGAACAACUUUUACGUCAUCAGGUGAACAUCAGACAGUGCAGAGCAAGCAGCCUCUAGUACAACCUGUCGGCCGUGUCAGUCCGUUGGAAAACCUCUCUCCUGACCUGCUGGCCGCCCUGCCGCCGACAGUUGGUGGACCUGGACAUCCCGAAGGAGAUGAGCUGCUAGUAGGCUUGGAUUGUCAACAUGUUGGUCCGCUCGACCACCUUGCAGUAGAAGAAGUAGAACUUCAUCACCACCAGCAAGACAAGUGGUCUUCCGCCUGUGUGCUCGACGCGAACGAUGCUGAAGUGACAGACCCCGAACUCGUCUCGCGGAACACGAGCAAAUUUACCUCCCAUAUCCCACGAAAAAACUGUUUCACUGUGAUGAUUUUGCAAUAUCUGCAUCACAAAUUUGCUAAACAUGACUCGGAAAACUUGCCAUGCGCGCUUCCCAAGGGAAAACACGCUUCAAAAUCCAAUGUCUUGCAGGUGUAGCAAGACAAACACCUUGGUGCUUCGUUCUCUGCAUCACAAGUUCACAGAGAAACAGUUCUUUCUUGCGAUAUCCCACAGCCGGACUCGAAGUACGAGCACGGCGCAGGAAGACCAGCCGGAUUGCGAGCCGGAGCCGGGUCCGGAUCCUCUUCUGAUUAUGGAACUGUCAGGAUUGAAAUUGACAAAGUUGAAAAAUUUGUGAUGCAUUAAAUGCAUGACAAGCAGCACGUGUGUUGCAGAGCAGGCAAGUGAGGCCGAUUGCAAGCCUGUUUGGGGUUAGAGCUCGAGCUGCUAAAGUAGCAUGAGAAAAUCAGGCUUCUUUGCCUAAACAGAAUGACAAACUGGAUUUAGGGAUCGCCAAAAUUUGUCAUGCACCAAUUGGAAACUGGGUUCCAACUGGCAUCCAUUUUAUGCAUGACAAACUAUUUCAACUUUGUCGGUUUCAAUCCUGACACACCCAUACAGAUGGAAGGCACAGUAGUUGUGCAGGGAAAUCAUCAGCAGGUUGGACCACAACAGCGCCACACGUCGAUCAGUCCCCUUCUCGACCCGGUUAUUCAACCUACCACCCCCGUCCACAUGAGCAGCACCGCUGGGCCCAUAUCACCGACGAGCGAAUUGUUUUCCCGAAAGGGGCUGUGCGGUCCGAGUUUGCUACUGGACCCGUUGAAGCUAGAUGAACAGCCACCGGGCUUACCUACCCCGUCGCACUACCCACCUCCUGCACAGCAGGUCGUGGGCCCUCGUGCACGUUCGUCGUCUUCAACUUCAUGCGCCGCUGGUACUAUUAAAAACAGCACGACAAUAGAGCAACCAGCAUUGAGCUCGCAACUUUAUUCCGCCCCCUCGCCCUACGCAGCUGCCCUCACGCCGAAGUCUCCGUUUGGCGACACGUUUUUUGCCUUCGAGCCAUCGCCGCACGGUUCGGAAAAGUCAGGCUCGAGUCCGGACCUGGCAGGGAUGAAAGACGGCUCUUCUGGUGCAGCAGUCGAGGAGUUAGUAAUUCCGCCUAGUGUAGAGGACCUCAUGGGGCCGCAAAACUUGCUUCUUGGAAGUGCUUUCACAGAAGAUCAUGUGCCGGCUUCAUCAGGAGCAGAACAACAUCAAAGUGGUCAUCUUCAAGUAGACAGCUCUCAUCUGCAAGAACUCGUCUCAUCUUCACAAGACCCUCUGAAUCUGAGUUACAACUUGGAUUUCGGCGACGCGCUUUUCGAUCCCGAGAUGCUGGCGGAGGCAGAACAAGCGGAUGAGCAGAUAUCGUGAGAAAAAAGUGUUACAGGUACACACUCUGACGCAAGGCAAGCAAGACUGACAACCUCUGUCAUGCAGGAAAUGCUUGCCAGCGUCACUUCAUUUGUGUUUUCCCUUUAAUAUGGUCUGCGCAUUACAAGUUUUUUGCUCCAUGCAGAGCUAAUUUGUCAUGCUGAAAUUCCAAGAAGUGUGUAACUGUACCUGUAGCACUUUUUUCCUGUGAUAGCAGAGGUCUCUGGAUCAGUUGCCAGGAAACUUCACCGGCUUGACGGGCAGUAGAUUCUUAGCUGGAGUUACAGGACGGACGAUGUUGAAGAACUCAGCUGAGAAUAAUGUUGCCUCGGUUGGUCUUGGUGUUUAUGUUCCUGCAGAAGUCUCGGUCUCGCCAGAGACACGGCCGCCACCAGGGCCGCCUGCUACUGGGGCCCCCGACGUCGUGUCUCCAUCUUCUGCUACUCCAGCAGUUAUCACGACCGAAUCCCUGUUGGACCGGGUCGGGCAAACGUUCCUGAAAGAAGCCGGCACGAGAAGCACUACGACUUUCAAAGUAGCCGGUGCUCCGACAACGUCGAAACAGCCUGGUGGUGCGGGACCAGCUGCCUAUCAAAUGUAAAAAUGUCUGGGUCUGGAAGAAUGCAACUUGUCAUGCUAAAUCUGAAGCAUGCAAAAAUCUGUGUUGCAUGAUUACCAAAAGUCGUCCAGUUUUGACCAAGUCGCGAGGGGGUUUCUCAUGCAGGAUAGGCAUGAGAGAGAUCGCACAAAAUCUGUCAUGCUAGGCCCUGCAUUCCAGACCUCGUGGGUCAUGAGAAAGCUGCAUGACAAAUCGCGCAUUCUUCCAGACCCAGACAUUUUUACAUUUGAUACUGCCGUUGCCGAUACAAGAAACGCAACUUCCUUUACAGUCAAAGACCUCGCUAUGGACAGAACCUCAGGCAGGUUGAUGCCGGAUUUUUUGAAAAAAGUGGAAUAUCAAAUGCAAAAAUGUCUGGGUCUGGUGGAAGAAUUCAUGUUUGUCAUGCUUGUCUGGCAUGACUGUUAAAUCUGUCAUGCACGUUACACAAGAGCUCCGUUUUUCUGUCAUGCAGAAGCGCAGUUUGUCAUGCAGAAUAGGCAACACCUAGGAGCUCAGAAACUUGUCAUGCUGAGCCAGCAUCUGUAGCCUCAUCAUGAGAUGCCACCCAGCAUCACAAGUUUCCAGACCCAGACAUUUUUACAGUUGAUAUGGAAGGGAACUUGACCAAAGACCCAGUUCCGGUUGGAUUGAUACCGCGAACAACCGGAGAAGAAGAAGAUGAAGGAACAGCAGCUCUGCGUAGUUCCCCAGAGGCAGAGGAUCUGGAUCCUGCUGAUGUGGAUGUCGAGCACGGCAACGACAACGAGGAAUUGCUGAAAAAGCUGCAAGAUACGUUUUUCGAAAAUCUUUCCUCCGGCCAGGAUUUAUUGCACAAGAACUCCCAGGAACAAGCGCAAGGGCAAGCGGAUGACGGAAAAACCAGCUACAUUCCCUGGUAUGUUUACAACCCGGACCAGGUCUUUUCCUCCCAAGCCGAGCCCUACUACCAAACCCUGACCACGCGCUCCUAUGGUCCGCUUUAUCCCGACAAAUACGAAGUCUCUAAGUGGGCGUGGGCGUAUGCCAAGGGAUUGAUCGUCGACCGCCUUGUGUUGCUGUUUCAGCUGGUAGCGAACAGUUGUCCUGGGCCAGCUCCUGCUGUUCCCGGGAAGAGAACAUCAAGGAACAAAGGAGCCGAUAGAAGGAGCUCUCCUGCAGCUUAUCGUGCAAGAAAUAAUGAUGCUAGAUCAGAACAUCACGAUGAAGAGCGGCAACAAGAUGAAAGCGCCCGACUUUACGACCUCUUCAGCACCGCUCUCGAAACUGACGCACUCCCGGGGCAGGAAUACAAACAGCACUACAAACUGCCCAAGGCAACGCGCUCGAAAUUGCGGGAACAAAUGGGCGGGGUAGAACCAGAAAGCAAGGAUAAGGAAGUAGAGUCGUUCAACACUGGAGGUGGACAACAUCAAGAUGUUGAACAAGAUGAUCUCGAAUCGCUCGGAUUCGACCAAGCAAAGCAACGGCAAUAUUUGAUCUACAAGAGGGUUAUCCGUUUGAUGAACCAAUUUGCAACGGAAAAAGCAGCCUUUGCCCUGUGGGUCGCGCUCAUGGCCUUCCGGAUGACAACCUUGAGCCCCUGGAGCGAAACAGAUAGCGAGGCAGCGGCCGCGACGGCUCCCUACGCGAACCCGAAAAUAGGCACGGGUGCUGCGAAUGUUGUUCCCAAGUGGAAGCAGAAGUUGCAACAAGAAAAAGAACAGAUGACGACAGCUGGUGUUAGUACAUCGAGCUUCUCUGCUUUCACGGAAACCAAAAUUUCCGCUGAAGACUGGGCCUUUUUCGUCGCGAACGGCGGGUUUCUGUCCGGGGAAGGUGUCCUCGACCAGUAUGAGGACGGUCACAGUCGACUGAACCAAACCGCGCUUGGAUUGUUGGGCGGGCGAGGUGCUGGAAUAGGAACAACUGGUGCCAGCACAUCAAGCAGUUCCACCUCCAGAGGGGGUCUAGGUCUACGUCACGGCCAAAAAGAACAUGAACAGCACGAACCAUACCACCGCCCGAAAAUCAUCACGACCCUGAAAGCGAAGUGGAAGCAAGACGUUUUCAAUGACAAUUUGCUGAAAAAGGUUUGGUUCGCGCCCGCCCUGUCUGGUGGAAAUAGGCAGAAGCACAGCAGGUUCGGCCUCUUGAGACGGCAGAGUACCUACCCGAAAGACGGGCGGAGACAAAGUUCGCAAAAUCACCCCAUGUUCAACGAGAGGGACCUGCAAAACGCGAUCAAAUUGCUGCGCAACUUCUUUGCCAGCCGCUCCAACGCUCUCUGUGCGUUCAGUAACGAUUUGGCGAGCGUUUUGGUUUCUAGUACAACUUCGGGGCCAGCACCAGCAGGGUCUGGAUCAACAUCUCGAGGGUCUGGAGCCGGAUCAGUACCUACAAGAACUGCUGCUGCUUCGGGAUCGGAUCCUCGUGAAGCGAUUUUUGCUCCUCCCAAGAACGAAGACUAUGCCAAAAAUCAUCCAGCUUCGUCUAGUACCGUUCCACCUCGCGCAGCCUAUGUUUCUGAGCUGUUUCGCACGUUGGAAGAGAAGGGGCAGGCUGUGCCCAUCAGUUCCUCGACUGGGAUGGCCCAAGACGCCGCCGCUGCCUGUGCACUAGCGAUCAAAGAGAUAGUCGCUCCUACUGCUACUACUUUAGUAGACCUCCCACCGGGAUUAGAAGAGGCUACUACGACGUGGUCUCCUGUCGAAUCUGGCUACAAAGUCGCGCUGCCCUCUGGGUCGCUCGAAGAGGACGAAGACCCGGAAAAGUAUGCGAAUGUAAAUUUCCUGUACAUGUACAACAAAAUGCAUGACAAAUUUCGCUACCUUACAUCAGAGCCCAGCUUGUCAUGCUGCACCAGGAUUGAAGGCAAGUUUUGUCAUGCAGAAACCACAUUUGUACGUGUACGGGAAAUUUACUGUGGAUAAAAAGCUUCUGGACAGUUUGAACGACGAAAUCUUUGGGCCCUCGCCGACGCUUACCAAAUGUAAAAAUGUCUGGGUCUGGAAGAAUGCAACUUGUAAUGCGUAUUUCAGAACACAGAAAAGUCUCUCAUGCAUACGUAGCGAAAGCUCCCACUUUUUGCCAGCAAAAUAGGGGACUUGUCAUGCGGAUUCGGCAUUGCGGAAGGUUCUCGAAACCUGUGAUGCUAGAGCUUCCAUGCCAGGCCUUCUGUGUCAUGCAAAAACAGCAUGACUCUUCCAGACCCAGACAUUUUUACAUUUGAUAACGCUGCAGCGAGAUGAAAAAAUAUCGUUGCCCCCCGGGCUAGAGGAACUGGGACCGAUGGAAGGGUUUGGGUUUGCGCAACCGACGCAAGGAGAAGCAACAAGUGCACGUGGUGUUGCGCCAGCGGCACGACCAGCAGGUGCAGGAGGUGCAGAAGCUGGAGCUGCCUCAUCGUCAACGUCCACGGCUUCACGAGGACGUGUCGAUUCAUCGAUGAAAACAAAAUCUUCUCCGGCACAACAAGCCACCUCGAAAUUAUCCACGAUGAACACGCAGGCGCCGGAGUUUGUUCCCAGGGACCUCCAGAGAGGUGGACCGCAGGGCGCAGGCACCGUCGGUGGUCGAGAUGGUGGAACAAUAAAUGCUGGCGUAGCUGCUUCAUCUACUACUUCUGCUGCAUCUCCUGGUGCGAACCAUCAUGGGGGCGGUACAGGAGCGAAUUACAACUUCAAUGUGAACGUCAACAACUUCUUUUUUCCCCAGCAGCACCAGCAUCCGCAACAGGCCGGUGCUGUCGAUUUAGGUGAUGGCAGUAGUAGUUCUCCAAUUGAAAGUGGGAUGAUGCAGUUCCCGUUUAUGAAUAUGAAUAUGCCCGGCGGUGGUGGACCAGCAGCAGCAGCUGCUAUGGGUACUAUGGGACCUCCAGGCGCACCGCAGCUGCACCAGAUGGGCGGAAACCCAGCAGGAGCCGUUUUCAACAGCAUGAAGAACAUCCAAAACUGCAUGCAACUCCGCCAAGCGAUGCAAGCAAGCAUGAUGGGCAAUAAUAUGCAAGCCGCGUGGGCAGCCGCGGCGGCGGCUGCGGGGCAUCAACACCGGUAUAACCAGCACCAAGCUGUUGCACAGCAGAUGAUGCAGGCACAGAGCCUACAGCAGCAACAGUAUCAAGUGUAAAAAUGUCUGGGUCUGCAAGAUUGCAACUUGUCAUGCUGUUUUUGGACUCUAAAAAAUUCUGUAUUGCAUGACCAGCAAGAGGAGCGCCGAUUGUGCUACACGGACAGGGCAUUUCUCAUGCGGAAGGUGCAUCAGGAAGACCUCUAAAUAUCAGCGAUGCUAGGUCAUGCAUUACAGGCAUCUUGGGUCAUGAGAAAUAUGCAUGACAAAUCUUGCAUUCUUCCAGACCCAGACAUUUUUACAUUUGAUAAACAGAUGAUGGCUGCGAAAGCUGCCGAGGCGGCCUGGUGGCAACAACAGUACCACCAGCAUUGUGCUGGUGAGCAACAGCAGCUAGGACAUAUGGAUCAGCAUGCUGCAUCGGGAGUUGUAGAUCCAACUGGAGCAUCAAGUUCUGGCGCUUCUGCACCAUCAUCUUCGACGCACCAGCAGCAGCAGGAGAUUAGGAUGCCAGGACUUCUGGCCGCCGGUGCUGCUGGACGCCGCGACAGAACUUCUACGGUAAACUACCCGAUGAAAAAAUCUUCCACGACAGCACCUCCGACCGAGCCGUACAACUCCCCUGCCGAUUUUAAGGAUUUUCCCGAGCACGUACAAAGCCAGCUCUUGCAAGCCGCAGAAAGGCAAACUGCAGUGCAAGAGGCAGAGCAAAACGCAGGGCAGUUGGUGGACAAGGCAGAAAGGGCUGCUGCUGCUGCUGCUGCAUCUUCUUCUUCCGCAGGACCGGGGGCAAGAGGAACGCCGGCCAGCACAGGAGGGAGUACUACUAGAACUGCCGCCAUCCCACUUAGUCUUCACGACCAAGAACUGGAGGAGCAACGUGUAAUGGAUGUUGACCACCCAGGAGGAGAGUUGCACGUCGCGACAUCCAGCGCACACACACAAAGACAAAGGAUGAAUCUUUUUCGCGGGCCGCCUCAGGCAGCGCACCCGUGGAAGCCAUUUAUCAAAAAACCUGGAGCAGCGGGCGGAGCAGGAGGAGGCUCUGGCUCUGCCAGCAGUGGUGCUGCUGGAAAUAAGUACAGGAAAGACCAUAGAAAAUGAGAAUCAUAUCGUGAGAAGCGCAAGCUUUAAAAGUGCAACUGAAGAAGUAGGCCGCUUCUAGCUCUGCAUGAACACGAUGAUGUCGGUAUUUUUUGUGCUGUCAAGUUUUGUUGCAUUUGCAUCUCUUCGCUUCUUCCACCUGAUAUUGUCCUCUCUGAACUGAAAAAUAAUUUAUCGGGCAAGAUUAGUGAGCACGUACACGUAGACGUAGAAGACCUCCUCAUUUUCACAAAUAAAUUCGAGGUAGAUACAACCCGGGUUUUUUCAAAAUCCGGGGUACACGUAAAGGCGUUUAAUAUUUUUCCAUCAAACAAGAAGAACUACCGAGAAUACAGCUUUAAGUUUUGUCUAAGCUCGCUUUCUUUUAUAACUUGAAUCCAGGGCGACGGGUGGCCAGUUUGUUGUAGCAAUAAAAUGAUGUUGCGUAAUAUGCGCUCCGCCCUAGCGCUAGCCUAACAAGAGACCAAAAAACCUUUUACGAAAUAAAUGAAAAGCAGCACACCUGCACGUGCUAUGUAAGUAUUUGCUUUUUUGACGAUCAUUUGAAUUUCUCGAUAGGGAUCGAGUACUGGAUACAGCACUCCGAUGCAUUUUGAUUUUUUUUUCUUUUGCACUAAUCAGACUUAGGGAUACAGUCAGACAGGGGGCAACAUAUAUUGCAUUUUCUACUACCGUGCACGACAAGCAAGCGAAUACGUGCAACGAGAAGCAUAGCACCCUUGAUGCGAAAUAUUUCACUACAACAAAGGGCCCACGUUGCGGACCCCGGCAUAAAGAGAAGACGCUCGACUUUAUUGUAGAAAACUAGUACAACUUCGCCCUUUGGUCUUGCUUCCUCUGAGAAGUAUUAAAACGGAACUAUAAUCCAGAUCUUAAUUUUUUUGUAGAUACAACAAACGGCGCUUCAUGCACAAGCCCUAGCGCAACAACUUCUUUUGAGAAUAUAGAUUUCUUCUGCGACAGCUCGCAAGUGCAUGGUUGUGGAAUGCAAUGCUCCUUAUUUCUUGCAGUCGUAUGAAUUAUAUGAAAAUAAAUACAAAUACUCAGUGUUGAGAACAAAGAGAAAGGCCAUCAGAGAUUGAAAUGGUUCUCUGCAAAAAUGUUGAAAUGAACAAAGAGCUGCAAGAAUUUCUUUAAGUUUUCGGGAACGACUAAAAUGCAAAAAUGAUUUCUUUUUUCUCACAAAUGUUCUUGACUACGCUCUUGAUGAGCAAGCAGUUUAUCGGAA